AUGGAUCAAAUGCAUCGUGCGAGUCAAUCGCAAGCUACACGACCAUUCAAUCCAUCAACCAUAAAAAAUGCGCUUUUGCGAUGGUGCCAAAUUAAAUUGGAAAAUUAUCCCGUUCAAAUUACGAAUUUCUCAUCAUGUUGGGCUGAUGGUAUAGCAUUUUGCGCAUUGAUCCAUCGAUUUGUACCUGAUUCAUUUGAUUUUAAUAAAUUGGAUCCACGAAAUCGACGAGAAAAUUUAGAAUUGGCAUUUAGGGUGGCCGAACAAAAUGGUAUUGUACCGUUACUUGAAGUUGAUGAUAUGCUGCUAAUGGGUGAUCGACCCGAUUGGAAAUGUAUUUUCACCUAUGUUCAAUCAUUUUAUAAAGCAUUCAAAGAUCAAUUGUAA